AUGGCUCAUUUAUUGAAAAUCAUUGGAAAAGGGAUUGGUGUGUGUAAAAAAGUGAUGAAUGAUAGUAUUUCUGAAAUGAGGAAACAGGAGGAUGAGGCAACAAACAGAAUUACCAAUUCACAAUCUAGGCGAGUUUCUUUGCCUAUUAGUAUAACUUCUUUUCCUUCAUUGAAUAUAACUGAACCAAGUAUUUUAACAGCUUUGAAGAAAAGAAGAGUUAAUGAUUCUCCUCUUUGUAGAGCUUUUGACUUGCAAACUAGAGCUCAAUUAGAUGUAGAGAUUGCUAGAAUAUUCUACACUGGGGGUUUACCUUUUGAUUUUGCUAGAAAUCCUUAUUAUGUGAGUUCUUAUUCUUUUGCUACUAAUCAUGCUUUGGGUGAUUAUGUGCCGCCUGGUUAUAACAAAUUGAGAACCACAUUACUUCAGCAAGAAAAAGCAAAUAUAGAGAGGUUGCUUGAACCAAUUAAAAGCACUUGGUUAGAAAAGGGUAUUAGUAUUGUGAGUAAUGGAUGGAGUGAUCCCCAGAGGAGGCCUUUGAUUAAUUUUAUGGUUGUUUCUGAGUCUGGCCCCAUGUUUAUCAAAUCUAUAGAUUGUUCUGGUGAAGUGAAAGAUAAGCAAUUUAUUGCUAAUUUGCUAAAAGAAGUAAUUGAUGAGGUGGGUCAUCAAAAAGUGGUACAAGUCAUUACUGAUAAUGCUUCAAAUUAUAAAGGUGCUGGAGAAAUCAUUGAGGGAAUGUUUCCAUGUAUUUAUUGGACUCCUUAUGUUGUGCACACUCUUAAUCUUGCUUUGAAGAAUAUAUGUGCAGCAAAACAUUUGGAAACUAAUCAAGAAACUUAUGAUGUGUGUCACUGGAUCACUGAAAUCCAUGGGGAUGCUUUGCAAAUCAAGAAUUUUAUAAUGAAUCAUUCCACAAGGCUUGCAAUUUAUAAUCGAUUUAGCCCUUUGAAAUUGCUUUCAGUUGCUGACACUCGCUUUGCUUCUAUUGUUGUGAUACUUAAAAGAUUUAAACUUAUUAGGCGUGCUUUAGAAGCAAUGGUUAUGAGUGAUCAAUGGGCACAAUACCGAGAAGAUGACCAAGGCAAAGCUAGAUUUGUUCGUGAUAAAGUGGUAGAUGAGGAUUGGUGGGAAAAGGUGAAGCAAGUUAUUUUUGAUCAUGAAGGAAAGCAAGCAGAUGGGUUUUCUCCUUUCUAUUAUGCGGUUCAUCAAAUUCUUGUUGAUCGUUGGGCAAAGAGCAACAUUCCCCUUUAUUAUUUUAUAGUGAAAAAUGGCUUCAAGAGGGAGAAGGUAGAGUGUCUCCUCAUAUGGAUGGAGAAUGGACCUUUUGCUGAUUCUGAUUCUAUUGGAAGUAUGUAUGUUACAGAUCCUAGGAAAUGGUGGGCAUGUUUUGGUUCUAAUGCACAUUUACUUCAAAUGUUGGAUUUUAAAAGGACUUGGUUUUUAUCCAUAAUAAUCGUCGUCUUCUGUCGAGAAACUCCUCCCAAUAUUAUGAUGAAAUUGUGGGAUGUUGGUGGUGAUCAAUUUGGGAGUAUGGAAGAUGUGGGAGUUCUUGAAUUUGUCAACCUUUCAUUGGAUGAACUAGAGUUAAAGUAUGUUUUAUUUGAUGACAAUGCAACUACAGGCAUGAAGAAGGAGAAAGACAGUGAAGUUGAGGAAAUGUUAUAA